AUGGUCCAGUCUAUAGAUUACUUCCCGUCAUCACACUCUUGGGUCACUGGUUUGAACCCCGAGAGCCACCACCACCGCCGCCUCCCCCAGAGGGCCGACCCACGGCCCACGGGGUCCCGGGACAAGGCACACAUACCCAAGGAAGUCAUAGAGUUCUGCCAGGAGACGUCUUUUAAUGGCAUUAAGUACAUCGUCAAGAGAGAAUUCUCUCUGUUACAACGAUGGUUCUGGUUCGUGUGCUGGCUGACCUCGUUCAUGGCCUGCUGCUACUACAUCCUGAGCGGCAUUACCGAGUACGAGACCUCGCCCACCCUCACCACCAUCGACACUACGGACUUCCCCGUCUCCAAGGUCGGCUUCCCUUUCGUUACCUUCUGUAACCUCAACCAGGUGGCCAAGAGCCGCCACCCGCCCCGGCAGGAAGACACUAUCGGCAGGGUGAAGUACACGGCGAGCGAGUGGUCGUCACUGACCUACGAAGUGUACCAGAACGUGCUGAGCAUGGAGCAUCUCAAUGAGCUGGCCAAUUCCAGCGUCCUCCAGCUUGACAGCCACGAAGUCUACUGUAUCAUCAAGAAGAGCGCCCACCGGUGUGAGGACCUGAUCCUUUUCUGCCUGUGGAGCGGUACUGAGGACUGCAGCAAGCUUUUCACUCAGGUCUCCACCAGCAAUGGAUUCUGUUGCGUCUUUAACCAGAACACCAGAGUUCACAGCACUGGCGAAAGGGACGGAUGCCCGAAUGAUGACCGACCCUCGCUGAAGAAGAAGAGCAGGCCGCUGGAGUCCACCCACACAGAAGCCGGAGUCAGGCAGGGCCUCACCGUGAUGCUUGACGCACAGGUCGACGAGUACACCUACAGUACUUUCCACUCGGUCGGUUUCAAGAUGGUGCUGCAGGAGCCAACCGGACCUCCUAGUAUGGGCCACUACAGCGUGGUCAUAUCUCCGGGCACUGAAGCCUUCGUUCCUCUGGACGCCCACUCCACCUUCACCACACAGGCUGCUCUAAACCUUCGCCCUGAUGAGAGGAAGUGUUACAAGGACCAGGAGAAACGACUAGUGUCGUCGCCGGAGAUUUACACCCACGAGGCAUGCGUCCUGGACUACCACAACAGCCUGCUGCAGAGGGCGUGUGGCUGUAGGGACUUCCACAUGAAAGGUCCAGGCAACAUCUGCUACACCCAGGAAGACAUUGGGUGUAUGCGGAAAUUCUCAGAUCGCUGGCAUGCCGGGGUAUACAUGCAACAGUGCAACAGCGACCCCUGCUACUCCCGCUGCAACACCACCACCUACCUCGCCUCUCCAAGCUUCGCCUCCCUCACCACUCCCUACAUGGAGAAGACCUGGCUUGGCCUCAGGUUCCUCGUCCCCACCAUUAAGGCCUUGUGUCGCCGGGAAAUUCUCAAACGAUCCGAUAAGGUCGUGUGUAACUCUUCACGGUCACGCUGCGAGGUAUUAGCAGCUAGCCCCUGCAGCCUGAAGACGCCUGAGGAUGCAGAACAUCUGAUGGGCAUCCCAGAAAUCAGAAAUGUCAUCAUUAACUACUUGGAAAAGAACGCAGCGCUGGUUCAUGUAUACUUCAAGCGGGCAACCUCCACGCUCUAUAAGAGAGACCUCGCUGCUACAACCAGUCAACUUGUUGCUAACAUAGGCGGUCUGCUGGGCCUCUUCCUGGGCUUUAGUCUGCUUAGUGCCGCCGAAAUAGUCUUCUACACGUCCAAGAUGGUGGAAAGAGUGUGUUCUUAUAUGGGGCCCAGGAAUCCCUCGCAGGUCCAGCCGCGUGUGUGA